GGGGACGGAGGCGGCGGCGGCAGGGACAGAGCCGGGCGCUGGCGGAGUGCAGCGGGCUGCCUAGCCGCCAUCUUCCGCCGACCCUUCUGACAGAGAUGGGCCCGCAGCCUGGCUCAACUACGGAGGUCGCCGCUCCCUGCUCUCAGGGAACAGGAGGGCCGCCACCCGCCGGCGGGCGGGGCCGGGGCGGACGAAUUCGGGCCCGGCCCCCUGCGUCCCGGCCGCCGGGGAGCCGCCGAGAGCGAGCGCCAGCGCCAGGGGGCGCCGAGUGGCGCCGGUGCCGGUGCCGGCCCGGUUGGGUCGGGGCGGAGAGAGGUGCGCCGCAGGCCAGAUGUGAAACUAAGGAAUGAUCCUGCCUUGCCUGUCUCUUCACCAGAGAGUUCUUUCUCAAAAACAUGGAAUCAAACGUGGGUAAGCACAAGUAUGUACUGCUCUCACUUAAUUUAUGGUAUGGCUAGGAAGAAAGAUACGUUAAGGGCAAUGUUUAUGGACACUUGUUUUUUCCACCCUCCUUCCUUCCUCUUCUCUGCGUUAAUUUCAGGGAUAGUAAAUUAUGCAAUUCCUUCAGACUUUUGAAGGCAAACAACAACUGAACGUUGCAAAUGGACAAGAAGACAGAGUUUGCUAAUUAAUGCUAGCAUGUAUUGUUUGUAAAUGUGACUGUGAUUUGAGGAAUGUCCUUGUGCUAACAGAACACCAGCAAGACUGACUGUUCAAUUCAAGCGAAUUAAACAGCACUAGCUGAACAA